AUGCGGUCAAGGGUGACGGUCGCGGUGGUGUUGGCGCUGACGUGGCAGCCUACCAUAGCAUCUCCGACCGCGGCGGAGUUUAUAGCGCAAGGAGUGGCGUAUCAGUUGGACACGCACGACCUCAUCCAGGCCAAACACAUGUACCAAGCAGCCUUGUCAGUGAGUCCCGACAAUGUCGAGGCGCUGCACCUGUUAGGGUCGGUUGCAUACCACGAAGGGCACUUUCACGAAGCACAAGAGUACCUUGAGCAAGCGAUAUCCGUGUCUUCUUCCUUGGACAAGUCGGCCAUGACCCAUUGCAACCUCGCUGAAACUCUGCGAAAGCUGCACCGACCGGCGGACGGACUUCAUCACGGCGACAUGUGUUUCAACGCCACUGGCGGGUCCGAGUUCAGUCUGUUGGUCCUUGCGUGGCUAUACAAAGACCUUGACGAGCCAAGCAAAGCAGUUGACGUGCUGCGGCGGCUCGUAGCCAUGAACGACCAGCACCUUGAAGCCUGGGACACGCUCGGAACAAUCUACUUGGACAAUGACGAUCUUGCCGCUGCAAACGAUGUAUUUACACACAUGAUUGCCCUCGACGCCUCGGAUUUCCGAGGGUAUGCAGGUCGAGGCCAAGUGCUGCAUUUACAAGGACAUUUGGACGCCGCCCAAGCCGACUAUGACGUCGCUCUACGAAUCAACGGCCAGCACGACCCAACGUUACAAAACGUUGGCAUCUUGUACCAACAACUGGGCCAUUUAGACCGCGCUGUGGCCAUUUACCAGCAGUUGCUCGUUCGCCAGCCAAACAACGUGGCGUUGCUCAACAACUUGGGCGCGGCGUUGCUGUACACAGGACGGCCGGACGACGCGCGGCCGUACUUGGAGCAGUCGGUGCGGGAGAAUCCAUCGAAUCCGCAGAGUUUUGUGAAUUUGAAAACUUACUAUGCCGACUCGGGGGACUUGGACAUGGCACGCCAGAUGCUGCAGCGUGCGUAUGACGUGUCGCACGCCGACGUCCUUCGAAUCGACAUGGCCACCUUGUUGCCCCAAGUAUUCACGUCCCAAGCUCAUCUCGACACCACCAGACGCAACAUGCACGCAGCCAUCGACGCCCUUCUUCUUCUCGCGUCGUCGUUGCAUGUAGAAAACCCCGAAGCGUUUGAAAUUCGGCCGCCAUUCUACUUGGUGUACCAGGGCUACAACGACCUACACUUGCAGACCAAGCUCGCAACGUUGCACAGCCACUCGUGUCCAGCGCUGCACUUUACCGCGCCACACAUUGCACUUGGCGUGGGCACGUUGUUCGAGUUCGACAAGACGUUUCGCCGCCUUCGCAUCGGGUUUAUGUCCAAGUUCUUUGUGCCCAACCACGCACACGGCAUGCUUCUGCGCGGGGUACUAGCGCAUCUGAACCGCCAGCUGUUUCAUGUGACGCUGGUGGUCGUGCCGGACCCGCAGCAGCAGGUGGAUGCCGGCAUGGCUGCCGCCGCCGACGCCGUCAAGGUGCUGAGCAUGCAUCUCGCGCACAGCCAGCAGGAAAUCGCGGCGCUGGAGUUGGAUGUGUUGGUGUUUGCCGAUCUCAUGAGCGAGCCCAUGACGUACUUUGCCGCGUUUGGCCGACUCGCGCAUGUCCAAGCGGCAUUUUGGGGUAACCCUACCACGUCCGGCAUUCCAAACGUGGAUUAUUUCAUUUCGGCCGACGCCAUGGAAUCCAGUCCCGACCCAGCCGUCGAAUCGCAUUACUCGGAGCAAGUCGUGCUCUUGUCUGGUGUCGGCAUUUGGUAAUUCUAUCCAUCGUUCCUGUACGACAAGCCGACGGUGCCCGCACAACUAGGCCAUCGACGAGAUCACCACUUGGAAGAUGAGUGGACCAUCUAUAUGUGUCCCCAGAGCGUGUACAAGCUCGUGCCGCAAUUCGAUCGCGUGCUAUUUGAGAUAUUACGGCAAGACCCACAAGGCCACGUCGUGCUACUGGAGGCUCGGUACCCGUACGUGAAUAGUAUGAUUUAGUUGGUGUUAGUUGGUGUUUAUACUAACAUGACGACGUAGUCAGUGGACGAGACAGCUCCGGACGAGGUUGCAGCAGACGAUCAACUCGACGGAGAUGUGGAAUCGCGUGCACUUUCGUCCUCGGGUUGGCGGUAGCGACGCGUUCUUGAAGCUCCUGUCGGUCGCGGACGUCGUGUUGCAUCCGUUUCCAUUUGGGGGGUCGAAAACGUCCGCGGUAGGAGGAAGCAUGCAUGCGUAGAAGCAGCGCAUGUUGAUGUGUCGUAUCGUAGGAUGCCUUGUUGCUGGGGUUGCCGCUUGUGGCGAUGAAGACGCCGCUCCUGCGAAGUCGCAUGGCGUAUUCGUUCUACUUGCACAUGGACAUGCUGGACUGUGUGGCGUCCACGGAGGACGAGUACAUCGCGAUUGCGCUACGACUGGGCACAGACGCGGUGUAUCGCAGCGACGUACGUGCGUGUGUGUCGUUCACUUCCCCCUGCCCACGUCCAAACCCACAGCCAUUGCACAAACGUAGACUGCCAGACGCAUUCGAGAAAGGCAGCAUCUACUGUGGGAAAACGACGAGGUGGUUGCCGAGUGGGAGCGCUUCCUGUACAAUGCCGUGCGUAGCGUGGCCACAUCUUAAGGCCGAUAGAUACAUAUCCCACCUACAUGUACCCAAUCUUCGUCUAACCAUCUCGCGUUCACCUCGAGGGUGCAUUGC